AUGCAGCAAGAAGCUCGGAAUACCGAAAGUCAUCAGCGAUCAUGGUCAGAUAGCAACCUUCGCCAUAAAUCCGUUCACUUUGUGAGCGCGGGAAGCCUGGAACCGACUUUGAAGCCGGCAUUGGAACAGGCAGACGAGGAGCAGACAAAAUCAGACACCGACCGGGAAGAACCAAAGACCGACAAUAUACCGGACAAAACGGCCAACCUCGAGGUCCCAUUCGUUUUUGACUCAAAGGGGCAAGGGGUUGUCUAUACCGAACAUCCGGACCCAGUAUUGCACUCGAACUUAUCGGACAUAGACGACUCGAGUGAGGAUGAGGUUGUGUUCACCGGCCGUAGGAGGAAUACAAAACCCAUUCUCAUCGAAACGCGUCAGAACGAGAUUCAGGAAAUCGUGCAGACGACUACCGUUGCCUUUAGGCAGAAAUCGCACACACCAACGUUGGACUCCACGCCCCGGGAUUCCUCGCCCGCCGCUACCCAUACAGACAACUUUGAAUCCAACACAGAGAGACCAGACUGGCCACCGGAAGAAGAGACCGACCCACUAGCCGACUAUAUUGCCAACAUCGAUAAUGACUAUCACGAGGAAGUGAAUUCUGGAGCGAAUAUUGACCUAGAAGGUGAUAUUGACGUCGAAAAAGCCGCAACGCAACUAGACUUGUCUGCCUCGAGCCCCACUGGCUCCAAAAUUGAAUCACCAAGAUCAUUAGCUCAAAUGCAAAUCGAUACCGAACAUGACUCAGUCCCAACAUCAAGCGAAGAUGAUGAGGGCGAUAUGGUCAUCUCUGGAUCAGAUAACGACACCCUUGAAGACUUCGUGCUGCUUGAGGACUUGGCGAACGGAUAUUCUGGGUCCACCAAGAAGGUAUCCCGUUAUGGAAAGCCUUCAUUCCAUUCGGCAUCGGCAUUUGCGGAUGCUCUUGAGUCUGACCCAUAUUUCGGGUUUGACAUAAUGGACUUUGACCGGUCAAGUCUACGGAAAAAAGCCAAGGGCAAGCAGUCUAUCCCUAACGUGGUACUAUCCGACAGUGAGUUCGAAGUCGAGCUACAGGAAGUUUGGCAGAACGACCGGACCAAAAAGAAGCUGCGGAAGAUGGAGCGAGCAGAGCUCCGGGCGCAAGGAUUACUGGGCAGAAAAGCAGGAAACCCAGACCUCAAGGUCAAGUACCCCAAGGAAAUGAACAUGGAGGAAUUUAUGACCGAGAUUCGCUCAUUCCUUAUGUCUGCUAAAAAUAGCCUGUCCUUGCCGCCCAUGACGAAGCAACGCAGGAAGCUGAUACAUGAACUGGCCAAUGCGCUGAAUUUAAAAUCACAAUCACGCGGCCAUGGACUUUCUCGCUUCCCGGUCCUCAAUAAGACGGCUCGCACCCCACGAUACACACCAAAGACUAUAUCAAACGUUGACGGGCUCUUAUCCGGGAGGAAAUUCAACCGUCGGUUGUACAAAUCAUGGGGCACAGAAGUGCCGAAAUUCUCGCAAACUAAGCGUGGAAAGUCCGGCGCUGCGUCGUAUAUGGAUGGCGAUGUGGUUGGCGCCUCUGCUCCGGAAAUCGGAGCUGAAAACCGAGGGCGGGCCAUGCUGGAGAAGAUGGGGUGGAGUACAGGUACUGCUCUAGGUGCCGCCGACAACAAGGGAAUUCUGCAGCCUGUCGCACAGGUCGUGAAGAACUCGCGGGCUGGGUUAGGUUAG